AUUAUCUAUAAUAUAUACUUUUCUUUGAACCAACUAGAUAUGAAUUAGUGUGUGACCUAUUCUUUAUCAACUAUGGCUACAUCAAAAAAAAUUCUGAUCAACACUUCAAAUGCACCAAGUUUUUCUUCAAUGCCUUUCAACCAAGCAGUCGUGCUCGACAAUACUAUAUACGUUUCCGGAGUACUUGGGGUGAACAAAGAUACGAUGAAACUUGUGGAUGACGAUUUCACUUCCGAAGUGAGGCAGACGCUAAAGAACUUGAAAGCGAUAUUAGAAGCAGGCAGUUCCUCUUUGGAAAAAGUUGUGAAGGUUACGGUUUUUUUAAGUGAUAUAAACGACUUUGCUGCUAUGAACGAAGUUUAUAGAGAAUUUUUCACGAAAGAUUUUCCUGCUAGAACGGCAAUAGUGGCAGCAAAACUUCCAUUAAAUGCAAGGGUAGAAAUCGAUGCAAUUGGUGCUACAGGACAAGUGAAAACAGUAUGCUGUCAUUGAUUAUUGAAGUUGACGAAUCUUUGCAUUUAUAAACAGAUUUUUAGGUGAUAUACAUCAUUAUGAAUAAAGUUUUAUUAUUUACUGAA